CAGAAACUUUUUCUUUAGCAGACAGACACGAGACCGCUUAAUAGCCAAUUGUCUUAUUCUCCGCCAACCGUGUCGUGUUCUCAACCCGCCCAGUGCGUUGGCAGGAGGUGAUCUGGGCUAUCCAAAAUGAAGAGAAUAAGGUUGCACAGGUUAUCGAGUCAAUUACUCUCUACGACGCCUGCGAGGCCACCACCCAGUUCGACGAGGAUAUGUCGAGCCGCCCACAUCUCGAGAUUACAAGCCCCUCCUCUAUGCUGCCAAAGGAGAUGGCAGACGACGUCCUCCGAGGCCGUUCUCGAGGAACCGGACGAUAGUGAAGAGAUCCCCAUACUGCCGCCGGGAGAGGAUCAUAUAGCGCCGCUGCCAUCCCCGCCUCCGGACCGAGCUCUAUAUUCCGCGAAGCUUGCCGCUCUACAUGCGCGACUCUCGCUCUCUUCUAAAAUCCCUUUACAGACUCUCGCUCGCGCCCUCAUAGACCCCUCCGCCGACGCAGACCCCCGCUUCAACAAUGCGAACCUUGCAUUUGUGGGCGCAUCCAUCCUUCAGUACCACACCUCGGAAUUCCUCAUCACCCGGUACCCCCGCUUGCCCAUGGCCAUUCUCUUCUCCGCCAUGAAGGGUUACUCCGGCGUCCCAGCCCUGCACCAGAUUGCCCGCGCCUGGGGUGUAGAAGCGGCCGCCGCGCCCGGCGAGGAGGUCGAUCCCGGAUUGCUACAGUUUUCGCAGGACAAGCCGACCGUCAUGAUGAGCAAGUGGGGCUACGUGCGUGCCGAGUCCAAGGAGAUCCAGAAGUACAAGUGGCGCCGGGGUCUCAGCAGUUCGGUCGUGUACGACGACGCAUUCGGCGAGAUGGUAACGAAGCAAAGGCAGGAGCAGCAGCAGAAUGCGGAGGAAGCCUCGCCCGAGGUCAGCGCGGCGAGAAACACAAAAGAUCCGGUCGUGGAUGACCCGGUGGGGAAUGCGCACGCGAACUUCGUGCGCGCCGUCGUGGGCGCCGUCUAUCUGCACUGCGGGCGGGAAGUCACCAAGACCUUCGUCAAGGCGCACGUCCUUUCGCGGACGCUCGACCUCUCCGGCAUGUUCGAAUUCAAGACGCCGGCGAGAGAGCUUGUCAGGCUGUGCGGGCGAGAAGACUUCGACCCCCCCGUCGCCAGGCUGCUGAGCGAGACGGGUCGACUAAGUAGGACGCCCGUGUUCGUGGUGGGCAUCUACAGCGGGCGAGACCUGCUAGGCGAGGGCGCAGCCAGCAGCCUCAACGACGCGAGAGUAGCAGCCGCCAUCAAUGCGCUGAAAGCGUGGUAUCUAUAUAGCCCGGUCGACACGGCGGUGCCGAGCGACGCCUUUACGGAAAAUGCCCCCCCGUAUAAGCCGGCGUACGUCGAUAUCGGUGAGAUCAUAUCGUAAAAAAAAAAAAAAAAGAAGAUUUUUUUCUUCUUUUCCUCUACGCGCCAAGAAAGUUUGCGUACCGGAUUAUCCGUUCACGGAGAGAUAAUUUCAAAAAUCGUUACUGGAUAAAUGGUACCGGAGGGGAAAAUCAUAACGCGGGGGAAAAAAAGAAAAGAAAAAAGAAAAGUAUACAAAAAUGGGAUGAUGAUACCAGGUACCUAACCUAGCUGCUACGGAACUCAUGAGGGUGGGAUUCGAAAGGGGGAGGGGCGGCAUACACACAUAUGUGUGUAUCAUUGUACUAUAUUCAGAAGCCGCGAGCAUAGAUGGCCCAUGUAGAACAUACGAAGACAGCACCCAUAACCACUCUUCGGCCGAGUGUAAAUAUCUACAUACUUUGCAUGACCUUGAUUUAAGG